AUGCCGGGCACAAAACGGUUUCAACACGUGAUUGAGACCCCAGAGCCUGGCAAGUGGGAGUUGUCUGGGUAUGAGGCAUCCCUGCCGAUCACAGAGAAGUCAAACCUACUAACCCAGGACCUCAACAAAGCAGAUGCUGAGGAAAUUGUUCGAUUGCUGGGACAAUGUGAUGCUGAGAUCUUCCAGGAGGAGGGGCAAGUCAUGCCCACAUACCAGAGACUGUAUAGUGAAUCAGUUCUGACCAUCAUGGUCCAAGUGGCUGGCAAAGUGCAGGAAGUGCUGAAGGAACCUGAGCGGGGGCUGGUGGUGCUGAGUGGAGGGGACAACUCUGGCAGGAUGGCGUUUCUCAUGUCGGUCUCCUUCAACCAGCUGAUGAAAGGUCCAGGACAGAAACCUCUUUACACCUACCUCAUUGCAGGCGGUGACAGGUCUGUGGUGGCAUCUAGGGAGGGGAUAGAAGAUAGUGCCCUGCACAGGAUUGAAGAACUGAAGAAGGUGGUCGCUGGGAAGAAGAGGGUGAUUGUCAUUGGCAUUUCGGUGGGAAUCUCUGCUCCCUUUGUGGCAGGCCAGAUGGACUCCGGCAUGGACAACUCAGCCACCUUCUUGCCAGUCCUGGUUGGUUUCAGCCCCAUGAACAUGGCCAGAAAUGACCCCAUAAAAGACUGGAGUUCCACAUUCCAACAAAUAGCAGAGCGCAUGCAGAAGCUGCGGAAACAGGAAGCUUUCGGGCUCAGUCUUGCUGUUGGUCCUGAGGGCCUCGGUGGCUCCUUCCGAAUGAAUGGUGGAAGUGCAACCAAGACCCUGCUGGAAACCUUGCUACUGGCCGCCCGUAAGACUGUGGACCAAGGCAUCGCAGCCUCUCAGAGGUGCCUUCUGGAAAUCCUGCGGACAUUAGAGCGGGCUCAUCAGGUGACCUAGAGUCAAAGCCCGAAGAUAGCCCUGACGAAGCAAGCCAGCACCAGCCUGGAGAAAAAAGGCCGCGUGUACCUGGUUGGCUGGCAGACCCUGGGCAUCAUGGCCAUCAUGGAUGGAGUGGAGUGUAUCCACAGCUUUAGUGCCGACUACCGAGAUGUCCACAGCUUUCUCACUGGUGAUCACAGUGACAUGUUUAACCAGAGGACUGAGCUCCUCCACCAGGGUCCCCAGUUCUCCUUCUCCCAAGAGGACCUCCUGACUUCCAUCUUGCCAUCCCUCACAGAAAUCGACACCGUGGUCUUCAUUUUCACCCUGGAUGACAACCUCACGGAGGUGCAGGCGCUGGUGGAGCAGGUGAAGGAGAAGACGGCCCACAUCCAGGCCCUGGCGCAUAGCACCGUGGGGCAGACUUCUCCAGACCCCUCUGAGGAAGCUCCUCCCUCCAUCAUCAGCAUCACGUGGCCACUGCUUUUCUUCGAAUACGAAGGGAACUUCAUCCAGAAGUUCCAGCAUGAGCUAAGCACCAAGUGGGUGCUGAAUACCGUGAGUACGGGGGCCCACGUGCUUCUUGGGAAGAUCCUCCAAAACCACAUGUUAGACCUGUGCAUUCGCAACUCCAAGCUCUUCUGGAGGGCGCUGGCCAUGCUGCAGCGGUUCUCUGGACAGCUCAAGGCUCGAUGCCCCAAGGCUCGAUGCAUCGAGACCCUCCUGCAGGUGAUCCACUUCCCCCAGCCUGUGGAUGACAUUCGGGCUGCGCCCAUCUUCCACAUCCAGUUCGCACACGAGAAGGAGCAGGUGAUCCCGGUAGCCCUGCUGAGCGUCCUAAGUCAGUGCUCCAUCCCCCAGGCGCAGGGGCGGCUGGCUGCGGCUCGGUCCGUCUGUGAGGCUGUCCGGAGCGCCCUCUCUGGGCCAGGUCGGAAGCGCAGCGCGGACCCCCUGGAAGCCCCAGAGCCUACCCCACUGUGA